GGUUACGCUGCGUCCUCUGCUCCAGUCGCAAUCGUGGUUUUGCCUGUUUUGCUCUCUGCUGCCAGGGGUGGCAGCGGCCACCCAAAAAAAAAAUUACAGCCUUCCUCUCUCCCUCCUCCAGAUUCAGAUUUACCGAUCACGACAAACGCGCGGCCGCCUCACUCUGCCUCCAGUCCUGAUCGCUCCUCUGCUCGCUGCGGGCCUGCGGCCGCCUCUGCCUGACUGCCUCUGUGGCCGUGCUCUCUGUUUGCCGCAACCUCAUCUGUCUCCAGACCGCGUUGCUGCUUUGUUCAAAAGGUAAUUUAGGUCUGUUUAAAUGGAAUGACCUAACCUUGACAACAGAAAGAGUGAUUAUUGAAAUUGGAAAAAAAUUGUAUGAUUGUUACCUAGGACCAAAGAGACAGGGCAUGCAUUAACCAUGCUGGGUUUGUUGCUAGUUUUUGAGGUGCAAAAUGAAAGUGAGGGUUGUGUGUAGGAAGCUUUUUGACUACAUACGCUAUGAUCUCAAAGAAAUUGCUUUUCCGUCCUCUUUGCCCGAUCCUCCUAACCUCAAAAAGCGCCGCAAAUUGACCUAUGAGCAGCGUAUCUGGGUUUUGAAGAGAGCUGCUAAGCUUUAUGCUGCUAGCUGGGUUCGCGACAUUGGUCCUGAUCUUCGGCCAAAUGAUUAUAAGACAGAUGAAAUGAUCGAUGAACCUAAUGCUCAAAAGAAAACAACUAAAGAUAAAGAACCCUCAACACUGGAGGAUCUUGCUGUUGCUGCUAGAGGGGGAAUGGAGACUCUCAGACCCGCUUUGCAGCGUGUGUAUAUGACCAGAGCUUCCUCAUACAGAGAUGCUUUGAAGAGUUUUAUACAGGGAUACCAAGAGGGUGUUCAGCAAGUAAUGGAGAAGAAAGAAAAUUCCAAAACUGAAGAAGAUGCUGAUGUAUCAAAAAAAUCAACUUGAAUUUCUUCUCCAGCAGACUUGCAGGUCAUCUAGAAUCAGGCUGCAACUUUGCAGAAAUUAGAGUCUGUCCCUUUUAAUUCAAGGGUUUGAAUGUACAUUGCACUGAACAGAUAUAAUUGGAUAUUGCAAAAUAGUGUAUUGGGGUACUAAAUAUCCUGUGGUAGCACCAAGUUUUGUUUUUGGAAUAUUUUGUUUUACAAAGUUUUAAGUUGUCAUGUAUGUGCUUAUUUGUGAUGUUAAUUGUAUAUUUGUUCAGAAAAUGGUAGAAUUAUCAUAAGUUGAUGCCAUGAUACUUUUAGCAGCUACACCAAAUGGUAUAUUUACAUCUUUACAUUGUGAUUUUGAUCUUGUAGUCAAUGGUUGCUAAGCUUAGCUAUUCUAUAUGAACACAUUGCUAAGGGAGCUCUUAAUUUCAUUCUCCCCUAUCUCUUCUCAUGGAUGGAUAGUAAAAGAGUCACAGUAAGAAUUCAAAUAUUCAUUCAUCAACAUAUGAAUGCACUGCUUAAAUAUGAUAUAAGGUGUGCUGAAUUAUCAGCUUGACAUUGGGAGGUAGCACUUCUACCUCGAGAUGCCAUCUUAAGCACAAGUAUGUGGAAGACAAAUUGGGCCACGGGAUGCUGGUUGAAUAGUUUUAGCUUUAUUGUGGAGGUUGAGCUGACUGAAAUGACUUGCAUAAUGGGAAGUAUAGAGAUACACUCGCACAGUAUUGCUCUACAAUUUUUUUUCCCUUUUUUAGGUUAUCUGCGCUGUACUAAUCAUAACUGUACCACUCUACAGGUCAAAUCCUUUCAUUUUCUGAUUGGCCAUUAUGUGGAGGCUAAUGCCAAACACCACACAUCUGAGGACCCUCCCACUUGAAGAGCUGGUGACUGAGAGACAUCGGACUCCUUCUCUAGCAAAGCACAAUGGGCCUGUUGUGUAAAUCUUUAUGGGCCCCUAAUAAUCACAUGACAGUAUUUGAUUACACAUAAAGGUAUUCGGCACUCCUGUCGUUCUUUUACAUAAUUAUUCUGCACUAACUUGAUUGAAGCUAAAAGCUUUCAUGAAGCCACUGUUUAAACACAGUGAUUAGUUGAAGCUCUUCUCUCCUCUGGGUCCUCAAACAUUGUUGGAUUAUUCGUUUUCCUCUUUAUUUGUGGGGGGAUUCAAGGGCUAGGACUUUGAACUUGGUGAGCUUUAGUAAUUCAGUGCAAUGAAUCAUUGAUCAAAAGCACCUCAUUGAUGGGUCACGUCCUCAUUUUGGCAACACCUACUUGCAGUCUAUACAAGCAGGUUUGUACCACAGCUAAAACUUCAGUCAGUAAAAGUGUUCUUCACCUGAUGGUA